AUGACUCAAAUUUUCCUUAUUGGUCGUUUACCUGAGGCGUAUGCGCCAUUUGACCCAAUUGUAGACGUACUCCCAAUUAUUCCAGUGUUAUUCUUACUUCUUGCAUUUGUAUGGCAAGCUUCAGUAAGUUUCCGUUAA